AUGGUCUUUGUAAUGUGUUCCGGGACGGAGAGGCACGGAAACAUCUCGCAGACCCAUCCGAUCCAUCGCCCGCCAUGCGUCCCCGUCCACCGCCGCUCCCGUUCCACCGGAGUCACCGGCGGCAAAUCCCCGCCGCCUGCUGCCUCCUACUCCUCCUCGCUCUCCUCCUCCCGUCCGCCGUCGCCAAGUCCUCUACCCGCGCCAUCACCGACAACGAGAUCCGGGAGAAGAAGAACGCCUGCUACGCCGACAUCGAGAACGGGCUGUGGGGGUUCGCGUGCAGGUCCUCGGCCACGGAGAAGGAGAACUGCGUGCUGCGCUGCGCCUCGCCGGAGUGCUACAACCUCAUAUACGGCGGCGACCCGCUUGAGGAAGGGGAGUUGGACUUUAUCCGCGGGCAAGAGUACAAGUACUGCAUGGUCAAGUUAUCCCUUGGCGAAAGCUUGGAUGGUGUGAAGGGGUCCUUUAAUUAUUCGUAAAGGAUUUGUACUUUCUGGCAAUGGUGGAAACGGAUGACAACAGUCUCCAAGUCUGCUGUAAAUUGUAACUUUUCUUAGCAUAUGGUGUAUCCUUAUGUAGCAGUACUCAUCAGGCAUAUUUUUGAAAUUCUUAUCCACUGAAUGAAACAUAUAUAUCUUUCCA